AUGGUUCCUUUGGGUGGCAGAAGAGCAGUGGAGGUUGCCGAUACUUACGGCCUAAUAUUCUGGGUACUACCUCCACUUUUCCCAUUCACGAUUGCAUUCGGGGGAGUCGUUGUGCCGCAGAUAAAUCUCGCCUUGACAUUGAUUUGCCGCCAAUAUCUAUCCGACACGGCGAUAGAAGACCCUACCUUUACUUUUGCUCCCGUCAUCUUUGGAGACACGAACCCGCAAUGUCGGAUUCCCGAGAUCCAAUCCCGAGCCUCGAGACUUCAACUACAACUGAACUUAAUAUCUGGUAUCCUCGCAGCCAUCACAAGCCCGAGACUUGGGACUCUAACCGAUGGCUAUGGCAGAACUAAGAUCAUUGCCCUCUCGGGAUUUGGCAUGUUUCUCGGCCAACUUGUCAUGGCGAUGGUGGCGGCUCAAGAUGGUAGGAUAUCGGUCAAUAUUUUGCUCCUAGCAGCGAUGUUUGAUGGAUUGUUUGGAUCCUUCACGACAGCGGUAGCUCUUACUCAGUCAUACGCGGCAGAUUGCGUACCGCCACAUAACAGAAACGUAGCAUUCGGAUAUUUCUAUGGCAUUUUAUUUGGUGGCAUUGCUCUGGGUCCCUUGCUUGCUGGAUAUUUCAUCAAGUGGACGGGCAAUAUUCUUUACCUAUUCUAUUCCGUCUUAGGUUGCCUGCUAUUCUUCAUCCUAUUUAUGCUUUUCGCUGUGCCGGAGUCACUGUCGGAAGCUCGCCAAUUGGCUAAUCGCAAGAGUCAAGGGAUAGGCCCUCUCAAGUUCCAUCAAGUUCCUUCCUGGUCGCGAGGGGAUUUUAAUCCGCUGAACCUUUUGAAGCCCCUCUCUAUCCUGUUCCCAAGCUCCACGAGCUCACUCGGCGGACGCUCCCUUCGCGAAUUACGAAUUAAUCUCAUAAUCCUUGCAUCCAUGGACGCUGUUCUCUUCGGCGUCGGGAUGGGGACUAUGUCGAUCAUCGUGAUUUAUUCCGAGUACAUGUUCGACUGGGGCAAUUUUGAGUCUAGCAUCUUCGUGUCCGUAGCCAGCUCUGUCCGAGUGGUUAUGCUACUUGUGGCUCUUCCAACAAUAACUCGUCUGGUCCGUGGCCCGCUUAGCCAAAGGAGUCAGGUCAACACUGGCUCCGACAUGCUGGAUAUAAUCAUAAUCAGAAUAUCUACGAUAAUCGAUCUGAUCGGAUAUCUCGGGUACUGCAUUGUUCGGACUGGUGGGCUGCUGCUCCUCUCCGGCGCGUUCGCGUCGAUGAGUGCAAUGGCUUCGCCAACGCUCACGUCCUCGUUGACGAAGCAUAUCCCCGCUAAUAGGACCGGCCAGCUGCUAGGUGCGCUUGGUCUGCUUCAUGCACUUGCGCGCGUGGUGGCGCCGACAAUUUUCAACUUGAUAUACAGCUCAACCGUCGCGAUGGCAUCCUUUUUCAUUAAACCGCAUGUAUAUAUGGACGACAACUUUGAGCCACAAGAUGACAACCUGGAGGCAGGAGAGCAAGAUUAG